UAGAUGACUCCAUGGUGUCUAGCAUGGCUUAUCUAUUACAGUUAGUGGCCGUUGUUAUUUUGACCCUAUUCCUUCUCUGCAAUAAUAUAAUCUACUAAAAAUCAAAAAUUUCUCUUAUCCAUGGCUUCCUCUACUCUCUCUCCCGUAGCUCCUUCACAGCUAUGCUCUGGCAAGAGUAGAAUGUUCUCUCCAACGCAUGCUUUGUUUGCAAAGCCAAUGAGAACUCACAUGGUGACCAAGGACAGAUCAAUGAGAAUCACUUGCCAGGCCACAAGUAUUCCUGCUGAUGAUAGAGUUCCUGAUAUGGGUAAGAGGCAGCUCAUGAAUCUGCUUCUUCUGGGUGCUAUUUCUCUCCCUACUGGUUUCAUGGUGGUUCCUUAUGCCUCCUUCUUUGUCCCACCUGGGGCGGGAGGUACUGGAGGUGGUACCAUUGCCAAGGAUGCCAUUGGAAAUGAUAUUUUCGCAGAUCAAUGGCUUAAGACUCAUGGCCCUGGAGACCGAACCCUCACUCAAGGAUUAAAGGGAGAUCCCACCUACCUUGUUGUGGAGAAAGACAGAACUCUUGCAACAUAUGGAAUUAAUGCAGUCUGCACACAUCUUGGGUGUGUUGUGCCCUGGAAUACUGCUGAGAAUAAGUUCAUCUGCCCAUGCCAUGGGUCCCAGUACAAUGACCAAGGAAGCGUUGUGAGAGGGCCUGCCCCUCUGUCUCUUGCUCUGGCUCAUGCUGAUAUAGAUGACGGAAAGGUGGUCUUCGUACCAUGGGUUGAAACAGAUUUCAGAACUGGAGAAGCUCCAUGGUGGGCUUAGUAAGCCUUUUUUCACUCCAAUUCUCCCAUAAUUCAUGUUCAAGAUGUAAUGGAGGGCUUAGACGUGCACCUUGUAAACAUGCUGUUAGAGGUAAGCUCUGCGCAAUGGAGAUCAUAAAAUAUGAGGAGAGUAGUAUAUAUUUUAAAAAUUGAUAAUCAUUCAAUGCUAGACAUUUUGGUUGAUCUACUCUUUGUUUCUUAUUCUAUUAUUGAUCAUGAAUAUAUGGUAGAGACUGUGUUCGGCUUGCA